AUGCAUCCAAAUUUUGAUAGAAAAAUAAACAAUUUAGAGGUAAUUUUGACAAGAGAAAGACCAAAUGUUUUCGAGAAAAAUGUCUUCUGGAAAAAAAUUAUCAAAAGAUGUACGAUGUCUAGAUCGACUGCAUGCAAUUUGAUCGGAGUGUUUCAAUAUUGAGGAAUUUCCUCACUCCUCCCUCCGUGAGCGAACAAAACCAUUGGAAAAAUCCCCAAAAAACCUCCGUGAGAUAACAAAAAAUUUUUCAUGAAAAAAAAAUUGAUAUAUAAAUGAUAUCGUUAUUUGCCUGUUUUUGAACUUUACCACCUAAGUGUGGAAUUUUUUCCGUGUGUGAAAAGAGGAUUCCACAUGUGAAAUCAAAAGGGGCUUCACAUGUGGAAUUCUCUUUUCGCACACGGAAAAAAUUCCACACUUAGGUGGUAA